AUGACUACGGUCCCAACUGCGGGCAGUGGAGGACCAGCCAUGGAGGUGAACUAUGAGGAGUUGGAGAAAGUACUUGUCGGAUCUGACCCUGAGAGGUUUUUUCAAAUUGGUUCGGAAUUGCCGCCCCAAGAGAAGUCAGCACUGACUGCUUUCCUCCGACAGAAUAUAGACGUGUUUGCUUGGGACCCCUAUGAGGCCCCCGGGGUCGACCCAGAUUUCAUCUGCCACCACCUUAAUGUGAACCUGGCCAUAACACCUAAAAGGCAGGCUCCUCGACGACUGUCGAAAGAACAUACCGACGCCGUGAGAGAAGAGAUGGGUAAAAACAUUGAAGUGUACAUAGACGACAUGGUGGUUAAAAGUAAGUUGGCUCCCAACCAUAUUGAUGAUCUCGGCAACGUUUUUCAAAUACUAAGAAAGUAUAAACUACGGCUGAACGCAACCAAAUGUUCAUUUGGAGUGGGAUCUGGAAAUUUCUUGGGCUAUAUGGUGACUCACAGAGGCGUUGAGGCUAACCCUGACCAAAUAAGAGCCAUCCAUAGCUUGCAGCCUCCUUGGAACCCUAAAGAAGUCCAAAAGCUUACUGGUAUGAUAGCAGCUUUAAACCGUUUCAUCUCGCGCUCAGCAGAUAGAUGCAGGCCAUUUUUUCUCCUAUUACACAAGUGGAAAGGAUUUGAGUGGAAUGAGGAGUGCGCUAUAGCUUUCCAACAGCUAAAGGAAUACCUCGCCCAACCGCCAAUUAUGUCCAGCCCCGAGGCCGACGAGGUUUUGUUUGCCUACAUAGCAGUGGCCCCGCAUGCAGAGGCAGAAACCCGUUACCUUCCCCUCGAAAAGGCUAUCUUGGCCAUCGUACAGGCCACAAGAAAGCUGCCCCACUACUUUCAAGCACACACUGUUGUGGUGUUAACUCAACUCCCCUUAAAGUCCAUCCUGCGCAGCGCCGAUUACACAAGUAGAAUUGCAAAAUGGGGAAUGAUUUUGGGCACCUUUGACAUUAGAUACAUGCCUCGCACCGCUGUAAAGGGCCAGGUCCUCGCCGACCUAGUGGCAGAAUUUGCGGAGCCUACAGCAGAAGGAAAGGAAGUGUCGGUCUUACUGGGGGCUGGUGAGCGGGUGAGCAGCACAGUUUCCCCGCGUAGACUCACUUGGUGGAAAGCAUACAUUGAUGGCGCAUCGAACCAAAGGGGCUCAAGGUUAGGACUUGUCCUGCUCUCACCUGAAGGGAUAACCAUAGAGAAGUCAUUAAGACUCGGUUUUUCAGCCACGAAUAACGAAGCCGAAUAUGAGGCGCUAUUGGAGGGAAUGAGAAUGAUCCGAAAAAUGGGGGGGAAAUCCGUAGACAUGUUCUCGGAUUCAAGACUUAUUGUGGGGCAGGUAAAUGGAGACAUGGAGGCAAAGGACGAAAGAAUGCAAGAGUAUCUAGUUUGGGUUAAGCACCUGCAGACCCAAUUUCAUCGCUUCCGCUUGACGCACGUACCCAGAAGUGGGAACACUCAUGCUGAUUCUCUCGCGACGUUGGCUACCUCCUCGGCUCAACCCCUACCUCGAGUCAUUCUGGUAGAAAAGAUCCUCCGUCCACUAACAGAGAAGGCCAAUGGGAUUGGAAUACAUAACAUCAGGGCGGGACCGAGCUGGAUGGACCCUAUCGUUCUGUACUUAAAGCAUGACACCUUGCCAGAUGAUAAGGUUGAGGCUGGCAAAAUCAGGAGAAAAGCUACUCGAUUCUGGUUGUCGGAGGACUCCAAGCUUUACAGACGCUUGUUCUCAGGGCCAUAUUUGCUAUGUGUGCACCCAGAGGCUGCUGAACUCAUCCUGGAAGAGUUACACGAAGGAAUUUGUGGAAGUCACACGGGGGGUAGGUCUUUGUCUCACAGAGCCUUAACGCUGGGUUAUUGGUGGCCGAGCAUGCAUAAGGAAGCCCUGGAUUAUGUGAAGAAGUGCGACCAAUGCUAG